ACGGUCCCUCCUCGCAGACACGAAGCUCGAUGACGCUGCUAUCAGCAAACUUGCCAGCCGCCAUCAUUCUUUUCCUGGCUGUCUGCAACGCGCGUCCUACUGUCCGCGAACGAAGCCCGCCGCUACUAAAAAAGAAGGCUGCAAAUCGUGCAAAGGUUGUGUGUUAUUUUGUGCGAAGUGAGCGUGUAGCGGGUGUGUGUGUGUGUGUGGCAAGUUGCACGGGCGACCGCGUCCUUAUUGGAUGGCCAGUUCGGCUGCAGCAGGAACCCGCUGCAACACGGACCCGAGUGCCAGGUGGAACAGCCACAGCGGACAGCAGGAAGGUGUACCCGGUGGUGCGGUGUAAGGCGACCGUGUUAGCGACCAGCCCCCCCCCAGAAACGAUGGAUUCCGAACUGCCGGAGUUGCUGUUUUUCGACACAUUUUCUCAUGACACGUACGAGCAAAAUCUCGAUCUGGUACAGUUCCCGAAGCCGGUCUACAUCACGGAGGUGCGGAUCAUCCCGCUCGGCGCUCGCGUCCAUGCCGACUUCCCGGGCGGCGUCCGGCUGGGCGCCACCAACCCGUCCAACUUCCACAUCCAGCUGUACGUGAACGAUCUCGGCAAGCCGGGCGCCCCGAUCUUCGAGAGCCUGGGCGAGCUGGAGUACAACCAGAACAAUUGCAUUCAUCUGCAGUGCGGCGGCGGCGGCGGUUCGGGAGCGGUAGGCACGGGCCCCCCGGGUACGGAGGAGUUCGUGCGCCGCAUCCCGACCGACGGGCUGGUGCUGAAGGGCUGGUACACGACGAUGACGCUCGCGGUGUACGGCAUCCUGACGACGAACAUAGCCGAGCCGAUCGUGUCGCCGAGGGAAACGACGCCCCAGCCGGCCGAGCAGCUGCUGGUCGGGCCGGACCACCACCAUCAUCUGCUGCACCACCACCACCACCAUCACCAUCACCAUCUGCACCAUGGCGGGGGGAUAGCGGAGCCGUCGUGCGGGCCGGGCGGCGAUUGGAUACAGGAGCCGCCGCUGCCCGGGCUGGUGGCCGCCGCCGAGACGGUGUUCGUGCAGAAGGAGUACCCGGAGGACGACAGCGAGGACGCCCCGAAGGAUCCGCGGCCGUACGCGCGCCGGGCGGCGGCAGCGGCCGCCGCCACCUCCUCCAGUAUCGCGACCGCGCACCCGCUGCCGGCCAGCGCAGCCAGCCCGCCGGAACCGAUCUACGAGCCGCUCGAGGCGGGCAAGAUACUGCCCGGGGAGUGCGAGCCGCCCCCGCACGCGGACAAGCGCAGCAAGGGCGCGGGGCCGCCGUACGCGUACGAGCGGUCGCCCCGGCACGUGCCGGAGCGUGUCGUCUCGCCGCCCCCGCUAGUGUGCGAUGCCGUCUCCGUCUCGGUGACGCCCGUCGCCUCCCCGACCACCAUGCUGCCGGCGGGUGCUGCCACCGGCCCAGCGGCAACCCUGCCCGACGAGGAUGCCGCCUCCGUGCCGGACCAGUUCGAGCCGAUCCUGAGCGACGAGGAGAUACCGGAGGACUUCGACUACGAUCUGGAGAGCGCAACCGGUGGGGGCGGCGGAGCGGGAGCCCCCGCCCCAGCCAGCGGAUCGGCCGGCCCGGCCGCGUACGAAAAUCUGGACGAGCCGCCGGCCAAACAGUUCGACCCGUUCGGGGCCACGCUCGAGCGGUACGUGCCGGCGGGAGCGGACCCGGUGCGGCUGCUCGGCCCCGGCGAACAGAAGCUGCUCCGCCAGCUCGAGCAGCUGCUCGGGCAGGAGCGGUACGGGCGGGCGGCGACCGGCGCGUUCGAGCGCGAGCCGGCCGAAUGGAAGGAGCGCUUCGUCGACUACGCGGAGCAGCUGGUGCACCUGCUCGGGCAGCUGCUGGCGAAGGAUGACGCGCGGGACGCCUGCCAGCAGCAGCUGGACCGCUGGAUCCAGACCGGCUGGCCGGGCGUGACCGACCGGCUGGUGAACUGCAUCUGCGUCGGGCUGGACUUCGAGCGGGCGAUGGUGCAGCCGCAGCCGGCGUUCAAGCUGCGCCACAUGAAGAGCGGCAUCCGGCUGGCCGAGUUUCUCGGGCCGCACGAACCGUUCAUCGCGCUGCUGCUGCGGCGGGCCCGGCCGGACGAGUUCAACCUGUUCGACCGGCUGCUCGGCCUGUACUCCCAGCCGCACAUGGCGCUCUCGAUCAAGCUGAUGAUCAUACGCACGAUCUACGCGUGUCUGGAUACGCGCACCGCCGUCCACUACUUCCUGUCGCCGUCGUACAACGGGUACCAGAUACUGCUCGACCUGCUGCAGGAGAACCCGUCGACGCGCAUCAGCUUCGCGCUGAAGUCGCUGCUGCGCAAGAUCUCGCUGUACGAAAAUCUGGAGCUGAUACACGCGACCGUCGAGCAGCUGUACGUGCGCGCGGUCGAGGAGGGUGGCGAGCCGGCGGGGCCGCAGCAGGGCGGCGCGAAGCGCACCGACCAGGAGCUGAUGGAGCUGCUGCGCAGCUCGCUGACCGAGCUGACGAGCGCGAUCUCGCUGCACGAGGUGUCGCUCGCGCAGCCGAAACGCUUCCUGCCGGUGUCGGCCAAGUUCGAGAUACACAAGGACAUCGCGUCGUCGCUGAACGUGAGCCGCACGGUGGUGCAGUUCUUCAAGAUCCACCGGCUGGUGGAGUCGCUGGUGCUGCUGCUCGAUCUGCCCGGCACGCCGCCGGCCCUGUGCGAGCUGAUCUACAACCUGCUCGCCUGCCUGCUCAAGAGCGUGCCGAAGCUGCGCUACCUGGUGGACAGCCUGCCGCACACGAACCUGCUGCUGCGGUGGCUGUUCCAGCGGCUGCCGGCCAGUGCCGGCGGGGAGGCGGCACCGGGCGGCCGCAGUGCCCCGACCGGCGACGAGGUGCAGGUGUCGGAGCUGUCCCGCCCGCAGCUGCUGGGCGUGGAGCUGGUGUACAAGGUGCAGACGAUCUACCAUCUGGACGCGAUCGCGAAUGCGAGCACCGGCAGCGUCGCCCCGUCGAACGAUCAGCUGGAGGAGCAGCGGGACCGGCUGGUGGACGGCCUGCACGCCUUGUACGAGCUGUCCUGCGGGCCCGGGCGCCGCUUCGUCGUGGAGGUGCUCUCGAUGGACGACAAUCUGGCGGUGCUGCUGGAGCUGCUCGAGCGCGAGCAGCGCACGGUGGCGAAGGAGGGCGUCGGUGGGACGAACGCGGCCGCCACCAAGCAUCGCUCGCCGAUCGUCGGCUACUGUGUCGAUCUGGUGGACUGCACCGUGCGGCACGGGGAAGCCGUCGGCUAUCUGGCCCAGCACGGGCCGGCCCUGCUCGCCCUGGCCAAGCAGCACGAGCAGUUCGAGCCGGGCGUCAGCGCGACCCUGCAGGAGCUGGCCGUCUACCUCAAGCCGCUCGAGCUGCACGAUCUGUUCGCGUACGUCGACAUCGGGCCGCUGGUGGAGCUGAUGCGCCGCAGCCUCGAGUACGUGACCGCCUUCCCGGGCGAUCUCAUCACCGCGCUGCGGCUGGUCCGGCUGCUCGGCAUACCGCCGUACGACGACUACGAGCAGCCGGGCGGGCACGCCGAGUUCAAGUACAAGUACACGCUGCUCCAGUUCUACUCGGCGGACGGGCAGGCGCUGCUGCUCGCCAUCCUCGACAAGCUGACGCACCACUUCGACCAGCCGGCCAUCCACACGUCCAGCCUGGCGAGCCAGCAGGGCGUGCUGCUCACCCAGCUGCUCUGCCCGCUCGUCUACAUCCUGCGCAAGCUCGUCACCUACCUGAUCGAGUGCCGGAACACGGAGUUCCGCGACCUGACGCUGAUCGAGCCGCUGCUCCGCACCUACACGCUGAUGCAGUGCGUCCCCUCGGUCGCCGCGGCCGGACCGGACGCGCGCCAGGUGCAGCGCGAGACGGUGCGCAUACUGCUCGCGUACACGCAGCCGACGCCGCCCGAAGGGCUCGACACGAACAACGUCCAUCGCAGCCUGUGGACGCAGAUGGUGGGCGAGCUGGUGCGGUUCACGCUGGCCGGCCCGAACUACUUCCUGCCCGGGCUGCUGGUGCUGUCCGAGCUGCUGCCCCUGCCGCUGCCCAUCCACUGCCGGCAGCCGCUCGCCCCGCCCGAGCUCAGCCGGCUGAUUCAGGAGCGGCAGCUCUGGUCGGCCCAUCUGCACCCGCAAAGCCCCUCGAUCGGCGAGCUGAUCCAAACACUGUGCACCUCCAGCUACACGCCGAUGCUGGCCGUGCUGAGCCGCGUCUGUCUGCAGCUGUCCGAUCUUGCCCCGAACAUGACGCUGCUCGUCUCCAAAUCGCUCGCCGACCUGAUCGUGCAGGAGCCGCUGCUGCCGGGCGGGCUGGCAAGCACGAGCCACGCCCGGCUGGUCAGCUUCCUCGCGACGCUCGUCUGCCACGCGUCGGUCAAAAUCUCCGUACUGUCGAUCCUGCCCGGCCGCAUCAUGGACAUGCUGAUGGGCGUGCUGCUCAACCCGGGCCAGACGCCGGCCCACCAGCAGACGCAGCAGCACAUCUACCUCACCUUCCAGAGCCUGUUCGACGCGGAGAUAGCGCUCAUGUUUGGCGACACGAUCGAUCCGGCCCUGCAGCUCGCCUGCUCGCUGCCCCCGAAGGACAUCAUCGAGGCGUUCUGUGGCGCGUGCGCCACCAACGUGACCGGCGCCGAGAUCGGGCUCGGCGUCCUGAUGGCCGCCCUGCGCACCAUGCUGCUGCUCACCGAGCACGACACCACCUUCGUGACGCUGAUGGCGAACCUGAUGCGCAAGCGGGACGGCUGGUGUGCGGUGAUGCACAAGUUUUGGCGCAAGGCCCGGGACGGUCCCGACGCGUACCGGGCGCUGUUUGUGCUGCUGAGCGACUUCUGGCGGUCGCUGGCCGCGUACGAAACGGACGGCUGCGUCAAUCUGCCCAAGCGCACGGUCAAGCUGCCGCUCGACCAGCUCGGCAUGCUGAUGCCGCUGUGCGACAGUGAGGAGGACGCGCUGCUCGCCCAAAUGCUACCGUUCGUCGACGAGCUGCUCGACCUGUACGGGGGUGGUGAGGCGAAGGAGGAACCGAUGCAGUUGAACAGUGAAGCGGCUGCCGAACCACCCAAGCCCGGCACGGACACCCUGAAGGACAAUUUGAGCUUCCUGCGCACUCAGAUCGAGCUGGCAGUGGCGGCGGCGGCGACGGCGGCGGCGGCGGCAACAACGGAAGCGACCAAAAGCGCUAGCACCGCCCCCAUCGACUGGAGUGCGGUCACGGUGGAUCCGCUGCCCCAGGCGGAGGGCAUCGUCACGCAGUACGGCUCCCGCAGCGUCUACCUGCUCAGCGAGGACUGCGACGAUCAGCUGAAGGCGACGGACUGGCUCGGCUUUACGCCCUGCGACGACGAUCUCGAGCGCGAGCAGAUCCCGUGCGACCUGCAGGACCUCGCGAAGGUGUGCCUGUCCGGCGACACGAACCUGACCGCCGACUGCAAGCGCCUGCUGCACCUGUCCGCGUCGCCCCACUCGAACCGGGACCGGCUGACGACUGCGCCCUGCUUCCGCACGCGGCGCGUCGAGGUGGAACCGAGCACGGGACGGCCGGAGAAGAAGAUAUUUGCAACACCAUUGCGCGGGCGUGGAUUUUCGCGCACACCCACCACCCGUGGGGAUCUGUUCCGGUCCCGCCCGCCCAACACGUCUCGUCCGCCCUCGCUGCAUGUGGACGAUUUCCUGGCGCUCGAAACGUGCGGCGCCCAGCCGACCGGACCGACCGGCUACAACAAGCUGUCGCGCGACAUCAUCACGAUCCGCGGCACGAACCGGAGCCGCGGGCGCAACUUCCCCGACCGCGGUGCUCGAUCGGGCGGCGCAGGUGGCGGGGGCGGUGGAGGCGGUGGCUCCGUCGGGGGCGGCAGCGGUGGAUCCGGCAGCGGCGGUGGCCACUGGCAGAGUGCCGCCGGGGGCAGCGGCGGUGGUAACGGGGGCGGUGGGGGAGGCGGCGGCAGCGGCAGCGGUGGCAACGGCGGCGGCUCUGGCUGGUCCUCCGGUGCGUCCCAGAUGCACGAUGGCGGCGUGGGGGGUGGCGUCGGCGGUGGAAGCGGCCCCGGCAGCGGUAAGCACUUCGGGCACGGGUUGUCUAGUGGCGGCGGGGGCAAUGUCGGUGGUGCGGCGGUGGUCCUGGCAGCAGUGGCCACUAUCGCGAUCCGCCCAGCCACUUUGGCGGCUCGCAGCGACCACGCUCCGGCCGGGGCUUCAACCGAUACAGUGGCCGGAUCUAUACGCGUCAGAUCUAGGGCGGGCAGCAGCGUUUUGCGUUCCUGAGAAAAAAAAGGUCGGGCAAAGCAAGUUGCUGCGGCUGGUAGAGUAGCGUCGUGGUUCGGUCUCGUUGUUUGCUAGGGGAGCAGAGAGAGAGAGAGAGAGAGAGAGAGAGAGUAUUAUGCCUUUAUUAUUUCAUGAUCCGGAAUCGGAAUUUACCCCACUUAUUACUAUUAUUUUUUGUCAUCGUAAAAUGAACCUUACUUUCUGAUGUUUAUGUACGCUGCUCGACCCCUACCCCUAGACCGUCGGACUGAGUGGAACAGUCCAGUGUAGACUUAAGGCAAAUCGUGUUUUACGCGAUGGUAGGAUAUAAACUUUUAGCUUUUAAACACCUGAUGGAUAUAGGGUCCUAAAAUCCUUCACCCGCGUGACUUUCGCCCUCCCUUUUGCCCCCGCGCCAAUCGGCAACACACGGGCCACAAGCAGGCGGGAUGAAGGAUUUUACGGACGCUUCCGACACUUGGAGAACCAGUACACUGUGGCCUGAAAAUACUAGAAAAUUUAACAAUGCGCUCAUAGAAAUGCUGAUGUAUGUGUAAUGUACCUAAGGGUGUAUGCUAAUCUUA